UCCUGUACCUUUCAGGCUGUUUACAAACAGUUUGGAGAUUAAAUCUUCGAAUUAGGUUGAGGCACCAAGUGGCAGGCCCUGGGCUAAUGAGAAAAUAUAUAUAUAUAUCAUUUUUUUUAUUUUUUUUUAAAUGGAGGAUUUCCUGUCUGAUGUCAAAAAAGAAAAAAAAAAAAAACCUAAAAGUUAUUUUAGUCCCCACUACUGCACCCACCCUCCCCUGGUCAAUUAGUAACCUUUGCAAUAUAAAAAGGUACCCCUCCCCAAAUUACAGCCAUUAAUAUAAGCAACACAAACCAGGGUGCAGCUGUGGGGAUAUCUAGGACUGGGGUGAAAAACCGUGCACAUGUUCUCAUGUGUCACCUGGUUAACUUCAUUAAAGUAUGUAGAUCUCAGGAGUUUGGAACUGAUACAGUGGGAAGCAGUCUUGUCUUGGGCAGUGGCAAGGGGUACCCAUCUCCCGUCCCCCAAACCUGUUACAUUUAGGGGGACUUUUAUAUGCACUCAGUUAUUCUGCUACAUUUACAAUAAUUUAAAGUUUGUCUGAAAUCUUGUUUUUUUACUAAUUUGUAGAUAAUCCUGCUAUCCGUGUUUUGAUUUUAGACCCUCCCUUGGUCGCCAGCACGUGACCCACCUGUUACCUGUGUGAUCCCAGUGCAUACGCCCAGGUUCCAUACGAACCCGCUUAGUUUUUGCUACCAGACUGUUUGUGCAUUUGGAAUCUUUGUCUUUGGGGGGACUUGUUCUGUAAACAGAACAUCAGCAGUUUCCCAGCAGUGUCUUUUGUUCUUAGGGGUUUGUUUCAGUCCAUGUACUGUAUGAGAAGAGUCAUGAUUUUAUGGAACCUUGUUUGAUUAAUGUUAUGAGUCUUUGGUUUUGCUGGAGAAAUCCACAAGUGAAGAAUUACAGAUUUACAAUCUAUUCAAUCAAGAGAGAGCCUUUUAAACAGUGACGUACACUGAACUGUGGGAAAGAGUUCCUUUUAAGCAAUAAACAUGUAGCGCUCAUUAAACGUGAUGAUUGACAGCACAGCUGGUUGUGGAUGAGAUUGCACCCCCUUUUUAAAAUAUUGGUUUUCUCUUGAUUUUCUCAUAGCAGACAGACAUUGCCAUCAUGUGGCCAAAUGUUAUUUUCUCCAGGACCUUAAAGCGAGUCAAAUUUCAUAAUUUCUGUACACCACUUAAGAGCCACAUGCAGUCCAACAAUAUUUAAGCCUGAUUGUGUACACUAUUACAGCAUGCACAGAUUCAUGGUAUAACAUGCUUUAGCAGAACACUAGUUCUCUUAUUGAAUCAUCCUCUGCUGAGCUUCUGCUUGUAGAUGCUGCUGUUUUUCUUGUACAGAAUCAUAAGGUCAUAUAGGAGCACAUCAGAACACUGGUGCACUGCCAGCCCCUUGGUGUAACAGUCCGGGUUGCAGAAAUGCAUGCAGGGCGCUUGACUGCUUGCAUUGAUUUUUUUUCUCUCAGCCAGACGCAUUGAUCUUGUGAUCCUCAGAAGUUCACACUGAGCUGGUGCCAGUGGCCUCCAUUAACCCUUGUAGCUGCUGUGUCUCCUGUAGAGCAGAGCUGCUAAGGAAAUGUCUUCAUUGCUGCACACGGAGACGAAACAGACAGCCUGUGUAGGGUAUAUAAGAAAGGCUGGGGAAUCUUACAGCAGCAUGGUCCUGCUCAAAUCUCCCAAUAUUGUGUUUUAGUAUGAAUCAGCAAAUUAUGAUAAUGACUAAUAGGAACUGGGACUGCAAAUGUUAUUAAAAUAACCCAUUGGGGCAUGCUUGGGCCAUCCCCCACGUAGAGCCGUUUGUUCCGAGUAACCCUGCCAGAGUGAGAAGAGUUGAGGUCCCUUAGGUACUGGCUAACAAUGUUCACAUAACCCCCCACCUCCCUCGUGGUGAUAGCUAACAGGACACCGCUGGGAUACAGUGGAAACCUUUGAGAGACUCUGUUCUUAAACUGAUAAUUUAGUAUAAUCCCUGGGAUGUGUUCUUGCAUAUUGAAAUCGGGCAAAUGUAAAAUAUGUUUUUUUUGGGGGGGGGUUUUGUAUUGUGUAUCAGACUGUACUGCUCUUGCCAAUUUUGUUUUGGCAUUAAGGUCACGGCUGAAGAUGUAUUUGCAUGACUGCUGUUUUAUAUAAAAAAAAAAAAAAAAAAAAAAAAAGGUAUUUUAACCUACAGCAGCAGUUGUAAAGAACUUCUUUAUGAAUAUUUAAUAGAACAUGAUUUUCAUACCAGUGAACUUGCUUCUAUCUAGCAUAUUUUCUGGGGAGCCCAAGUAUCUGUUUAGUGUUACAUUUCCUUUCCACUCUGUCGUUGCACACCCCCCCAGUGUUGUAAAACUGCCUGAGCGCCAGCUCCUCCCAGUAGCAAGGGUUAACUGGGCUGUCCUUGCCUUGCUCACUGUGUUCCUUACCUCUGGCUGUGAUAGGCUCAGUGCUGCGGUGAGGAGGGAGCUGUGUGGAGUAGUACAGACUCCAGGGGGGAGAGAGAGAGAGAGAGAGAGAGAGAGAUGGAUUGCAAGGCUCGGAAUGUCUAAGGCAGAGACACUUCAUCCUUUCCCUCCUCCUGCACAAAUUGAUGGAACUCCAACCUGCAUCUCAGCCCGGCACUCCCAAGUCUCUCGGAUUACUGGAACUGUCAGAUAGAUGAUGGCUUUCCUGGAAGUGGAGACUCCCGCUAUCUUCAGAGGCAAAUUCAAAUCAGUUCUUCAGCUCAGGCUGCAGCAGAGAAGGACUCGGGAGCAGCUCAUAGACCAAGGCAUCAUGCCACCCCUGAAGAGCCCUGCUGCCUUCCACGAGCAGAUCCGCAGUCUGGAGAGGGCCAGGACUGAAAACUUCCUGAAGCACAAAAUCCGGAGCCGGCCUGAGCGCUCGGAGCUGGUCAGAAUGCACAUCCUUCAGGAAACCGUGGCUGAGCCCUCUUUGCAGGCCACUCAGAUGAAGCUGAAGCGGGCCCGUUUGGCCGAUGACCUCAAUGAAAAGAUUGCGCAGAGACCUGGGCCACUGGAGCUGGUGGAGAAGAACAUCCUGCCUGUGGACUCCAGCCUCAAAGGAGCUGUUGUUGACGCCCCAGAUGGUGAGGUGGACUACCCCAAGACACGGGACAUCUACUCGUUUGACGAAGACAGCAGCGAUGCCUUGUCCCCAGAGCAACCGGCCAGCCAGGAGUCCCAGAGCUCGGUGGCCUCCCCUGGAGAGCAAAAAAUCAGCGAGGUUUCGUCCCCGCUUCCCAGCUCCACCCUGCAGUACUGUCCCCAAGCCUCACUGCCCACUUCAGACUUCCUGAAACCUGUGUCUGCUGCCGAGCAUCACACCGGUCGCUUGGCAACCAAUUCAUUCCAGCCAAUCAGCACUGUAGCUCCUUCAAAACCAACCCCUACACUUGUAAAGCAGAGCCAGCCAAAGACAGCAAGCGAGAGGAGCCGCAGUAAGAAGGGCCGGGAGGCCAAGCCGCGGGUGAAGAAGUUGAAGUACCAUCAGUACAUCCCUCCCGACCAGAAGGCAGAGCCCAGCGAGGCACCCAUGGACUCGUCGUACGCACGCCUUCUCCAGCAGCAACAGCUCUUCCUGCAGCUCCAGAUCCUCAGCCAGCAGCAGCAGCAGCACUACAACUACCAGGCCAUCCUGCCUGCGCCACUCAACAGGCCCAUGACCGACAAUUUGAAUACCUCCUUGAACAACAACAACAUGCCCACCACCAUCGUCGUUGCUUUGCCAACCAGUGGCACCCUGCGGCAAAACAACAGCCUGGCCAAUCGAAAACCGGGGCCACUGCCUGCUAAUCUGGAUGAUAUGAAGGUGGCCGAGCUAAAGAUGGAACUAAAACUAAGGGGGCUCCCAGUGUCCGGCACUAAAACGGACCUCAUCGAGCGACUGAAACCUCAUCAGGAAAACUCUACCGCCAUCUCCACAAAGAGCGCCAUGACCACUACUAUCUUCUCUGGGUCAGCUGUGGAAGGGCUCACAUCAGCCUCUUUACAGACUCCCUUUGCUAAAGAGCAUCGGCAUAAUUCCAGCCAGCUGGAGAGCAUGAGCUCCACCCCGCCAGUGUCCCCCGUCCCCUCGGAGCUGUCCAGCCUGAACACCGAGGACAGCAGAUCCAUGGACACCUUCAGUGAGAUCAUGGGCGUGGCCCCUGCUCAUGCCUCUGGGGCCUCCCCCCGCAAAGGGACCGGCGAGGACUCGGGCAUGGAGCUGGAGUCGUCCAUCAAGGACCGUAAACUCCACGAGAAGGAGCUGCAGAUCGAAGACCUCAUGAAGAAGCUGGAGCAGGAGCAGAGGCUGGUGGAAGAACUUAAGAUGCAGCUGGAGGUAGAAAAACUAAGCCAAUCGCAACAAAUAGGCAUCGCUGCCCAGCAGAACCACUCUGGGGCACCAGAGAUCAAGGCUGAGAGCAGAGUGUCCCCUUCGUCUUUCCACCCAACCUCCCGCUGUCCGGUGGUCCAGCAGACACCCAUGUUGAUCAAGCAGGAGCAGGAGGAGCAGCAGCAGCCUCCACAGACAGCUGUAGCCCAAGGCCCAGCCUGCCUGCAACAGUUCUUUGUGAGCCACCAGAGGGUGCCCCAGGUCACUGAUCAGCCUCAAACCUUGCUGACAACACAGCCUGGGACUCGGCUUCUCCUGCCAGUCUCCCCCUCUGGCACCAACACAACCAUCCAGCUGCCAACAGCUAAUGUGAAACCCCAGCAGCCGCAGCAAGUUCUUCAGGCCAUACCCCCUGCUUCAGCCCCAGACCUCAUCCAGGCCAUCCCUCAGAUUCAGCCACAAAAACAGGAGGCCCCUCAGCAGCUCCUUCACCAAAACCACCAUAUCUCAAAGGCGUUUCCCACCUGCACCACAUCCAGUGCUGGGUUUCAGUUCCAGAGCCAGCCAGUGACUGUUGACCCGCAGUGUUUCCUCAACAGCUCAGCAGAGAGAAGGCUGGCAACACGCGGCUCCCCAGGCUACACGCUGCACAACGGAUCCAUGCACAAGCCCCAAUUCAUCUCAGUGUUUGGAAACCCCAUCCACAAGAACAAGGACCCUCCCCGCUAUGAGGAGGCUGUGAAGCAGAGCCGGAACAUGCAGGCUCCCCCGCAACCCCAGCUUCCCAUGGCAACCAGCCAGCAGAUGGACGACCUGUUUGACAUCCUGAUCGAGAGUGGAGAGAUUUCUCCGUUCUUGAGGGAGGAGUCCCCUGCCAAACUGAUGCCUGUGACCGCCAGCAUCACCACCCUGCCAAUCAACACUGUGCUGUCCCGCCCACCCCAACAGGUCCAGAUGGCCCCUUCACUGACCCUCGACCCCGCCCCCAGUCUCUCGCUCGCCUCGGAGAAUCAACUGGAGGCCUUCCUGGAUGGGGCCCCCCACCAGGGUUCCACCCGAGAGCACUUGUCCCUCAUUGAGGACAUGCAGAGUCAACUGCUGAGCCAGUCAGGCUCCCUGAGUCAACCGCACUCCCCCAUGGACACCCAUGAACUGCCUUUCUCCACAGACGGGGGGCCUGGUGUCGGUUUUGACCUCCAUGACCCUAAUCUGGAUAAUAUGGAGUGGUUGGACCUUACCAUACCUGGGCCGUCUAGUAGUCUGGCCCCUCUGGGCAUGGCCCCAUCAGGGGGAGUUUUCUCUGACUUUCUGGACACUCACAACCUCCAGCUACCCUGGGACUGAAGUGGUGCACUCCUCUUGCUCUCCAAACAGAUGCUUGUUGUUUUAGUUUGUUCCUUUUAACUUUUUUUUAUUUUUGUUUUUUUCAAAUGAAACAAAACCAGAUGCUGAAAUGUUUAGGCUGGCGCCUGGCCUCAUUUCAGCUCAUGUUUCGAAAUGGAGACGGCAACAGGUUUUGUAAAUUUAUAGAUCCUGUUUUUUUUUUCAGUACCUGGGAUGCAUUUUGAGUUUGUGGGCAAGUACAAUGCCAGCAGUCUGUCUGGUGUGAUUGGACGGCACUGAGGUCUGUCAGAGUUGAGAUCCUUUAUAUCCUAGUGAGAGGGUGGCAGGGUAGAGGAUUCAAGACAAAUGGUCUCUUCUGAAAUGUGAGAGUUUGCUGCCUUGAUCAUCCCUUCCCUGCAUUCUUGGGCAUUUUGAGAAGGGGACAGUAUCUUAGUCUAUUUUUAAAUGUGUGCCAAGCAAAUAUGAGCAGCCUGUACCUUAAGCCCAGAGAUGCUGUCGGAAACAAGAGGCACAUCUUUAGGGUUUAGACUGGAUAGAAAUCGGAGACCUUGAGUAUUCACCCCUGGGUAUUUAUUUUUAUUUAUUUAGAAUUUUCCAGGCAGAAAUUAAAUGCCUUGGUUUACCACCGUCACUCAAACACAGCCCUGGAAGAACAGCUGGAUUGCUUUAAGGCUCAGGGAGGUGCACUGGUAUAGCCGUAGCACACAGUACUGUCAUACUGUGCCAUUGAUUUUGAAGUGUCUCUAUAGCUACAUUUGUGAGUUAAUAUCCUCCCUUGUCAUCUAUACCAUUAAGAUAUCAAGUAAAGACAGGAGCCAUUUUAAAGCAGCUUAUAGAACAGGAUACGUGUUGUUUUUUUGUCCCCAUCCCCCAGUCUUAAGCAUUACGCUUUUGAGGUGUUGAUUUAACUGAGGUUUGAUCUUGGUAACAUGUCCCAGUUGGUGGAAAACAAACUGUCAUUUCAAUUUGCGUAAAAAAAAAAAAAAAAAAAAAAAAAAAAAAAAAAAAAUUGUGACAGUCAGAGACCUUUUGUAAAUAUUUUGUAAAUAACCUGCUUUUUAUCCUUUUUUUAACUGUUGAAGCUGGUUAGAGAGGGAAGGGGUGACCCUAGAUGCCAGUGUGUGGUGCUACUGUACUAUACUGGACUGCACUGGUUCUGAAAAUUGACUCGAUACAUUAUUUUGGAGCAAGAUCGUUGACCACUGGUCAUUGUUCAUAAAGUAAUCGUUUAGGCUGCUAUAAUUGUAUCUUACAAUUGUGGCUAAAAGUAAAUGUGACAGGAAGGGGGGGUGCACUUUGAAUUUCCAGUAGAUUUGCUAGUAAAUACAGAUUUAAUCCUGUAUACACAAGUCAUUGUCCUGACUCUGUAUUUUGCAGCAUGUUACUGUUUAAUAGUCCUUCAGAGGUGCGUUCUACACCAACAAUCUUGUAUAACGGAUUUGUUACAGUAAUGACACUACUGUAUCAAAAUAAGUUACUUCAAAAGAAAGUAAACUAGCUGUAGACUUUAGGAAUCACUAAGAAAUCUAACGGUGCAUAUUUUGUUUUGGGGGUGUGGGUUGGAUCUAUGAAACAAAGUGUCAUUCACAUAAGUUUUGACAAUCAGGCUGUAUGGUGGUGGUUCUUCAUGAAACUACCACUGUAGUUACAAUUUUACCUUUUGACUGAAUUUUAACAGGAGAUCUUUACUGAUAGCCAAAGGUGCAGGUCUUCCUGUUUCCAGGGUUUCAUCAGAACGUUUAAUAAAUUCUUAAGCAUCAUCUUGAUGGGAAUAAAAUAUUUAUUUGUAGGGUUUAGAACUUCAGUUACAGAAAGAAAACACAGCACACUAACUGUCUUGGGAUAAAUUUCGGUGUAUAAAGCCAUAUAAUUUAGAGUAUUGUGCCACCUAAUGGUCAAGGGGUAGCACUGCACCUUAACUAAUUUUUCAGGAGGUAUUCUGCCAUUCCAAAUCUAAACCCUUACCAUAAAGAGACAAUCCACUGGUUAGUAAAUACACCAAGUACAUCAAAAGCAUAUCAGAUGACUAUAUAUGUGCCUGCUUCUAAAGCUGUUCUUUAUUUGUAAAAUAACUGUCCAUAGUGUACAGUUAACAGCUACAGACAGCGAUGUAUCGUGAGGCACAAAACAGCACAGCUGCAGUUAAGAAAGAAUCUGAUCCUGCUUCAUGCAUUCUAGUUCUUAAACCUCAUCAUGUCUGAAGUGAUCUUUUUUUUUUGGGGGGGGGGGGGUUGUAGUGAUGCCAAAAAGAUAGGUCUGUUGUUGAUGAUGUUGUUUUGAUUUGUAAUGUUAAGAAACCAAAAGCACUCAUUUGCAUUCUCUGGGCUCCCAAGCUCCAAACCAAAUUUGAUAGGGUAAUUGAAUAGUGUACUACACAAACUAGCAAUACAUCUGCAACAUUAAUGCAGGGUACUGUGGCUUUUGACAGGUGAAAGCAUCCCCUGGAAGUGCAGGUAGAAAUGUAUUUACUCUGCUCUGGGAGCUCUAGAUUUUGUCCAAGGGGGACAUUUCUGUGUUUAGUGCCGUUAAGUUUUCUUUAAUAUGAACAAUCACAAUGAUGUAUUGAAGUUCACAGAUACUGUUUCUAAUAUCAAAAGGUGUAGAUAUUUAAACUUUUUAAAUAUAACGGUGCAAAUGUUUUGUUGGUAAACAAAUUGUUUUUAAAAAAAAAAAAAAAAAAAACACUAAAAACAGCUAGAUAUGGGUGAACCACAUUGGGCAAAAUUUAAAAUCUGAACAGUGUCGCUAUGUAUUUGUAACUUCAACCAUUGUAUUUAUUUAUUUUUUUUAAUAAAAAGGUACAAAUACAAAAAUUAGUGACCUCCCUCUGCAAAAAAGAAAAAAAUCUGUUUUAAAUAGGAGUAAUUCCCCUUAAUAUGUGCUGUGGGGAAAAUGUAACCCUAUUAGCUUGGCUAAACUACAGGUUUGACAUACUGAGAUGUUCUUCAGGAAACUGAGCUGGGGGGGGAAAACAAAAUAAUGUUAAUGAUUGUAAUGAUAAUGCAGAGUUAAACUAAAUAUGGUAAUUGCACUUACUUGUACAUGAAGAUUACCAGAAUGCAAAUGCGAUUAGUUUGGUAAGGAAUGAGUUCUGGUACAGCACCUGCUUGUUAGUUCUGCCUCGCUCUGAUGGAGAUGAUUCACCCAUACCCAAGCCCAAUGAUCACACCCAUUAUUUUGUGAAGUUGUUGCUCAUCCCAUUGUGUCCACAGCCACCUACCUUUCUGAACUACUACCAAAAACUGAGUCUGGGGCCCUUUUUAGACAGUAAACUGGCAUCAGUUUUAGUCCUAGAAAUACAGAAUUUAUUAACUAAGUAAUGGAAUCAAAUUGUGUUAGUGGUUCAAAACCACAGUUUAAUAUAUAUAAUAUGUAAUGCAUAUACAAUAUGUAAUGCAUAUUUUUUAUAUAUAUGUAGCACAUUUUCUGAACUCUUUUGUAAAUAGUGGCAAACAUUUAGUUACAAAUUAAGUGUUUGUUAUAUAUCUGCCUUUUUUGUGGCAAUAAAACUGGUGAUGAACUGUGAAUCUGACUGUUGGGUCUCCUACUUCAUCAAAUCUCUUAUGGCUGUUUUCACAAACCCAGAUUAUCUCUAAUCUCCAGACUAAUGUUAAUUUACAUAGUUUAAGAUUACUGCUAAUCUGGAUAUGUGAAAACCAGACUAAAGUUUCAUCAGCUGUUUUAAGAAAUAAAAAGUUGAUUAGAUCAAAGCUUUACAAUUUUAAAACCAAUUUUGGUAUUAAAUGAGUUAUCAGAAAAACAUAGGUGUGUUGUACAAGUAAUAUAGCAGACUAAAUAUUCAAAAUAAAUUGUAUUAAUGAACACCAAUGUAAUCCAUAUAAUGCCUAGCACUAUAUUUCCACAGCAGUACUGUUUAUUCCUGAACUCCUGAUAAAAUCAACUCUGCUUAUUAUCACUGAUUUUGAACAGCCCCUUUUGAAGUUAUAUUAAAAGGGGUUGACUGUAUGGCAAGUAGAGAACAUACAGCACAAGUUCUGCGUGAAUCUGAAUGCAAUGUGGGUAACCACCUUGAGGAAACUUGCUAUUUUACACUGCUAUUUCUGCUUGAGGUAAAACAAUGUCUAUCAAUUUGGAUGUGUUCAAUCUAAAAAGAAAAGGGGGUGUGCAUUACAAAUAUAUGCAGGUGCCGGAUUAUGUAAAAUGUACCUUUUUGUAAUGUGCCUGUUGAGACAUGCAAAGUAACUUCAUCGUACCUCUUUGUCUUGGGUUUAGAAUUAUAUCCCAGCUUUAAAACUCUACAGAUCACUGUACUGCUGUUGUCCAGUUUGUGGCAAUUAAAGAUUUUCUGUGAA